AUGGCUCUUAACAGUGAAGUGUUGUUUCGCGAACAAAUCGCUGCAAUGCGGCAACAAGCCGGCCGAAAGCGUGCUACGUCGCUUCAAAGCUUCUGCUCCGGUAACAACGAUGAGUCGUCAACUGAUAGCAUCGAUAAAAUGGAGUAUAUGGUCGACUACCCGCAACAAAAAGGAGUUAGUCGCAUGAGAACUCGAUUCAAUAGCGAUACCACUUUAAGCAAAAGCUUCCGGAAGAAGGUGAAGAAGCUUGCCCAAAAAGACAGACGAUCCAAGCAAAGCAUUAACCUAGACUCUGAUGAAGAUCAAAUCGAAGUUGCUCGUGGAGCACCCGCUGUUUUUGCAGCUCCAUCAAGGCUACGCAAGUCGAAAGCUCUCGAUUGUCUCAUUUCACAGAAAUCUGCUAAAAAUGGAAAAGAAGAUAUCGGAGAAUCAGAGGACAUCGAAAUGGCUAAAGGACAUUUUAACAACGUCCGAAUGAAAGUUUUCGCAGCCAGGACCGCAAUGCAAGUUGAACCAGAACUAGUCCUCAAAACAAGAAAAGUUAUUGAAACAAAGAGUUCUGUUCUGGGAAACGACCAAUCCCCCGGUGCCUUCUCAUUGCAUGCUGCUUACAAAAUUGCAUCUACUCCUGAUUCACGCAUUGGUUCUGUGACCCAGAGCAACAAGAAGAUCACGAAGGAAGCUAUGGCCAACUUGAUUCGUACGAGUUACGACGAUACUGAGAUCACACAAGAGUUGUUGUUUUCUUCGAAGUUUGACACAAAGUGGAAAGGUCGUUAUACUAAUAUCUACAUUAGACGCGAUGAAAAUGGGAAGAAACCUAGACGCCCAGUCAAUGGUCAAGGUUGGGUGAUGCCGCUCAAAAGUAUCUGCGAAAAGUUUGGAAUCAACCCUUCAUUCUUCACCGAUCAUCGAAUUGAUCUUCAAUCGGCCAGGGAUCAAGUUCUUCUUAUGCGUUUCCUAUCGAGAGAUCAGACAAGCACAUGGAUUUCGGAUAUUCAUCCGGAGGCAGUUAACAACGAAACUAUGACCGAGUAUUUGCUCCACGAUCUCGACUCAUCUACAAUGCAGAAGCGAAUCCAAGCUUAUAAGGCCAACGUUCUGGCGGACAGAGAUCGUCAUCGUGUAGCUGGACAGUUUUACAAUAACAUUCGAAUUGGAAAAAGAAUGUUUGGAGCUGCCAGAAAAGCAAAAUUUGUUUCUACGAUAAUCGGUGGAAUGGAACGACGCUUUGAGAUCCUUGAGAACUCAGUGAAUCACAUUCCCUUUACGCACAAUGCUUCGGACACCAAUCGAGAUAAGUGUCGCAAUGAACGCGUUCACUGUAAGGAUUCUACUCGAGUGAAACUGGAAUUCCCACAGAAUCAAUUCUUUGGGGAUUUUAUUCAUGCCAAUCUCAUUUCUGGCAAACCACUUUUCAACGAGUUCAUUCUGACGCAAGCACCAAUGGAAAAUACUGUAAACGAUUUCUGGCGAAUGAUUUGGCAGGAAGAAGUUCCAUACAUUGUCAUGCUGACUAGCAGAAAGGAACCUGAAAGGUGUGCUCCUUACUGGCCAAAGUCUCCAACUGACCCUGCCAUUCAUGUUUCUGGUGGUAUUCAAAUUGAAAACUACGGAGUGUAUCAAGCGCCAGACCCAAUAUUCCGGGUAACUCAUCUUCGUCUCAUUGGGCCAGAUCGCGAAGAACGUCAUGUUGAACAUUGGCAAGGAGAUGUUAACAAUUCUUCAAACAUGUAUUCACCUUUAAACAUUCUCCGUCUUCUUCGGAACACUUCAAAGCCAGUCGUCAUUCACGAUCACUUAGGAAUCUCAAGAGCAGCUUGUCUUGUUGCCGCUGAAAUCGCUAUUUGCAGUUUGCUCAGAGGACCAACUUACAAGUAUCCAGUGCAAAGAGCAGUACAAUUCCUACGGCAACGUCGUCCAUUCUGCAUUGAAACUCCAAUGCAAUACAUAUUUGUGCAUCGUCUUGUGGCAUUCUUCUUCCGUGACGUCAUUGGCAGCGCCAAGGAGCUUGAUAUCGACUACGAGAGAUGGUUGCAAGAACGUUCUGAGAGAAUGUUCCUUGACGAUAUAACUGCUCCCAUUGCUGGAUAUCGCUUGCUUUCUCCAAAAGCUGAUCCCGAUAUUGUCCGAAUGGUUGGAAGGCCGGAGAGACCUAACUAUCGACGCGAAGCACCGGAUUGUGUUGGCGAGAUGCCCAACAAAGUGACGACAGUCGACGGAAUUCUUUCACCUGCGAAAACUGUCUUCGAGUUUUGA